GAUGUGAAUAGGAAUUUUCAUGAAAUUAUGUAGCGUGCAAAACUGAGGGCGCGAGAGAUGCGGCGGCUUGCGUCAUCUGCAUAGGUCGGCGCGUCCGCGUACAAUGAUAUGAUCCCGAAAUCCAGUCGCAUCAAACCCGCAAAUCCAUCGGGCAUUACCUAACCAACCGACCUCACCGUCGGAAACCCAUUCCUCCCUUUGUUUUUUCAUCGUUUCACGCAAGACAGAAAUGGUUAAAUUGCGUAUACAAACUAAUCUUUAUUUUUUCUGGAUGUAUCUACGCUUCCAUAGAAGCCCGAGUUGAAGCUUUUGGCUGUUGACCCCAUAUGAUUUUCUCCGACUCUUCCAACUUUCGUGGGCGUGCAUGUCUUUUACUUCGAUUUCAAUCCAUACUCGAUUAUUGAAAUCACUGUUUUUUUGGUGUCAUUAUUGACGACAUCGAUCUUGAUAUUUUGACCCCCGAAGACCACUCACCAUGUAAUAUCCAUUUAGAGUUGGGAGUCCUACAAAUAAAGGUUGAUUUGCAGAUCCAAUUGUAUUUUUUCCAAUAAAGAAGGGUGCCUGAAUUUCAGUGGUUUUCUUUCUAGAUAAGGGAGAAAAACGCCUAGCACAUGGCAUCCAAAGAACAAACGCCAAGUGUCGUUGCCAGAUUGAUGGGUCUUGACAAAUUGCCACCCCAGCAGCUUGUUAACAAACCUUGCCGAGUGCUUUCUGAAAAUUAUUUGCGGAAAAGUUCUUCCAUUGGUUUACUAGAGGAGCGAUCAUAUAAGGAAAGAGAUUCAUUAAAGGUAAAGUAUGGAAAAAUGAAAGAACUUAUCAAUGUGCUUGAAGUGACAGAGGCACCAUCAAUUGGUAGACAAGGUAUCUGGUCAGGCGAAUGGGGGCAAGCAAAGACAAGCACAACUGAAGUGAAUAUACCAAUUGAAAGGCAGAAAUUGAGUGAUGCAAAAUCUCUUCCAACCAAUGAGGAUCUCUUGAAUUCAAAAGAAUUUGAUGAUGUAAUGAAAGAGCUAGAUUCUGAUAAGGAUCUUCUACUGAGCCAUCCCCAGCGACCAGAUUCUUUAUUUAUGAAUCAUCUCCCUGAUCUACAAUUUUUCCAACCACAUAUCAAGUCCACUCACUUAAAAUCUUUGAAGUUUUCAAAUGCUUCUUACGGUAGAAAACAUGAAAUAUUCAGGAUGUCUGGAAGGAGAACUUCAAGAUUGAAUAUUUUGAGAUCACUUCAGAAGCUUGAUGGUGAUUUUGUGAGACAUCACCGUUGUGGCCUUGCUACUGAUUGUUCCCCUCCAUUGAUGAAGUCUCAAUCAAAGUUAAAGGAUGAGAAACCUCUUUUCCUUCCAAAGAUUGUUGUCCUAAAAGAAAAUCUUGGAAAUGCACUGAACUCUGCAAGGCCAUCUCCAUCUAGUUCUGAGGAAGACUCUCUGCCUUGCGAUGGAAAGUGCACGGAGUUUUCUGAAAAAAAUGUAGAAUUACAUAAUCAAGCAGUAGCAAGGAAUUUAUUGGCUACCAAUAAGGAUCCUUCUACACAUGGUUUUAGAGUAGCAAGGGAGCAUGAAAAAUGCAUUUCCAGACAAAUAAUGCAUAAUAUCAACAGCAGUUCGAGAGUGGUCUCAAAGAUAAUAAUACCUCCUUGGUUAAGUUCCAAUGCUUACAAGAAUGGCUUCCGAAGCAGAUAUCCUCCUUCAAAUUGGUCAUUUUUUGAGAGAAAAAUAAAGGAGGGGCUCUCAGAAAGGUGGAAAACGACCAGUAGGUGUACCACCCUCAGUUCAAUGCUUGCUAUGCCUGCUCGAGAAACUAGGCCCAGAAAUUUGAACUACAAGCUCAAUAUAAGUGGCCUGAACAAAUGGUCAAGGGAUGGAGAAGCAGACUUGGCCAAUCCUUUUGGUAUUAUCAGUAGCUGGAAUGGCUUGAAAGAGGAGAGUGUGGAAAUAUUAACAAGAUCAGAAUCUCGUCAUACAGGUUCUAUCAACUCUGAAAUUCCUAAAUCUAGGAGCACAACUAGAUUUGUCCAUGAUGAUAGAUAUUUGACAUUGGAAGAAUCUGUUCGACAACAGCAACAAUCUCAGGGAAAAAAUGACUUAAGGAAGCAGAAUUGUUCCAAAAAGGAGAUUUCAGACAUUGGAGUUUCUAUAUUUAUCAAUAAGAAAGAUCAAAAUUUUUCUUGUGCUGAUUCCAUGGAGACUCAGGAUGAGCUGAAAAACAAUUGUGGGAAGAGUGAUCUAUCUAGAAUAUCUGAUCUGGAUUCUAUAUUUCCUAGCCUAUCAAUUAAUGUUUCUUCCUCAAGUCUGGAUUCAGAAAUAGAAGCAGUUGCAGAGACUCAGAAUGUGGGAAUAUCUUUUGGAACCCCUGAACAGCAGCAGUCUGAACCAGCAGCGUGCAUGCCGUCCAUGGAAAAUGGCCUUGAUUCUGAUGUCUUAAAUGCUUCUGGCAGACAGUAUUCAUCAACUAAAUUCCAUAAAGAACCACUGGAUUCCUCUAGCUGUGGCAAAAUUGGGCCAGAAUUUCACAUGAGCUGGGGAGAAGGGUAUUCUCCAAGUCCGAAUUCAGUUUUGGAACUACCUUUUAGUGAAGAAAAAUUAUCUGGCUCUGAAUUUUUUCAUGGCAUUGGUGCUGAGUACCUUCAUGGUUUACAAAUGCAGCUUCAACUUCUGGAAUCUGAGUCAGAAGAAACAAAAUCAGAAGAUCAUGAAAUGGUUGUGUCAAGUGAUGAAGACAAUGGCGAUAGAUCUGUUGGUCUUGCUGAAGACAGCAGAAAAUUAGAGGGAUUGUUCCAAGUUGAGAGCAGGAAUUUCUCUUAUCUAGUUGAUGUUUUAGAUGAAGCAGGCUUCCAAGGUAGCAACACGCAAAUGGGAUUGGGAGCAUGGCAGUCUCCCUGCUGUCCAGUGAACCCUUCAGUGUUUGAUAGGUUAGAGAAGAAAUAUGGUGACCAGACAUCUUGGGAGAAGUCUGAAAGGAGGCUUCUGUUUGAGCUUUUAAACUUGGGGUUGAAGGACAUUCUCCAGCCAUGCAUGGAUGUAUUUGCAUGGGGAAAACCUUUGAGAAAAAGGCUUAACCUUUCUCUCAGCCGUAGCGUAAUUGAGGAAGAGUUGUGGAUGUUUCUGGUGAGCCAGGAGAAGGAAGCAAGCAAGGAAUUGGCAGUGGAUGGGAUGAGGUGGCUUGAGUUGUGGGAUGAUAUUGAUUUCAUUGUUUGCGAAAUAGAGAAAUUUUUGUUCGAUGAGUUAGCAGCUGAAAUAGUUAGCAUUGAGAGUUGUAUGAAUCAUAGCUAGAAUUUUUGUCAUUGGAAUUUGUGGCGAGCAUUGAGUGUUAAUAGGGAGACAAUUUUGGGAGAUGUAUUUAUUUAUUUGGCAUAGCUAUAAGUUUGUUGUGUCAAGGUGAAAAGGGAAGCAUAGAGUUUAGGUUUUUGUGAAAUGGAAAUAGAUUGGGAUAAGUGAAAAGUAAAUAUAAAGGUUGAGUUUGUUGGUUUGUAGAAAUUGAAACAGAUUGGAGUCUUUAUACGUGCAUGAACAGUUCAGCUGCAGUUUUGUUUUUUUAUGAUUUAUUUUGAUAUUAAUACCAGAGUGAGAACUUAAAUGAUUUGUUGGACAUCUGUUUGGUGUCUGAUGCAUACAGAUUCAGGGGCUUUUCCUUAAUCGUACAUGCACCAGUGACUUAUUGUAGGGUUGGAACUCAGAUCGAUCAUGAUUCUUAUGCGCAUACUUCAUUCAAGGGUGAGCAGAUUGCAACAAUAUCUGAAUUUUGAGUCAAAUUCUCAUCCUUCGUCUGCAUCUUCAGGUCCCUCAGGUAACCCGUCAUGUAAUUUUCAAAUGUGAAUUUCUUGCUGCGAUCUGAGACCAUAACUUGCUAUUGUUUCUGUGAGAUAUUUAACCAACUAUACAGCUAGCAUAUGCUCAGAGGCUUCAUUUUUGUGCUUCUCUUCUCUAGUUCUUGGUGGUUAGACACAGUUUUGAGUUGCAUUGCUCAAAUAUUGGGCAGUUGUGGAAAUUACUUGUUGGCCAGCCUUCUUGUGAUUUAUCUAACAUCUAGCUUCUCUGUGAUGGUCUGCAAUCUUAUUUUGAGUAUUGCACCUAACCUAUUUGGUUAACUUUCUAUGUAAACUUGGUGACAUGGUAAAGUAGACUUUGAGAAAAGGCUCUAUUAUUAGUAAAAGAUCAAGCAAAUAUCUAACCCAAUUCAUUCAAACACACUGGAAUAGAAGAUACAUCAGAUGAAGAUUGAACUUGAUCCACAAUAUCACACAGCGAAUGGAACUUCCACAAAGAGGAAAACCUCAAAGGGUGAGGUAAACACUGAACUCUGUGAUUGUUUCUACACCAUCAGUUGUGUGUUGAUCCUGCUGGGGAAGGGUCUCAAUCGUGGCGUACCCUUUAGCAUUCUCAUACUUGCCCGUGCCACCAAUGAGAGCAAUCUGAGAGACCGGGGAUCCAGUGCGAUGAAUUCCAAAGAAACUAAUAGUGUCGUCAACAUCAUGCUCACCACCAUGGAGCAGAGCUGUUAACACAAGCGUGUGACUAGUACCAUCCAAAGAGCUUGACAAGUAAAAACCUUGCAUCUUGCCUAACACGGCCGAGCCCAGCUCAUGGCCCUGGGUUAACUCAUUGUCAACGACAGUAAUGGAGCCAAACAUGAGCUGCUGAAGAGUUAAGCCAGCUGGAAGCUGGCCAGCAGUGACGAAGGGCAAGUUGUUGCCACCAUUGACUAUGUUGUUGUUGCCACUGUUUUGUAUGACAGUGGAGCCUGGGGAGCCAUUUAGGCCUACAAGGGAUGGGGCAUUGUUGUCGUUAACGACACCAGUGAAAGUGUUGAGGGGAACACCGCCACUAAUAGGGAAGACUUGAUUGUUAGGUUUGGAGAAAGGGAGGUUGUUAUCAUCUGAGUUGGCCACAAUUCCGGUGACCACCCUGCCUGAAGGGUGUGUUCCCCCCAGGAUGUCAUGCAUGAAGAAGGACAAUUGAGGGUGUUCUGCUACCGUGGCGGAUAUGGAGGAUGCCCCGCUUGGAGAUGUCGCAAUCGGAGUUGCUACUACUGGUGCCGCAUCGGCGGCAUCAGGGGCUUCUGUGACACUAGGGGCAAUAACUGGGGCGACUCCAUUUGGCAGGCCCGUGGACGUGGAGGGCACAGCUAGAGGCGCUGCACCAACACCAGGAGUAUUGGUACCGGUACCAGUAGCAGUAGCAGUGGCCGGGAUUUGGCCAUUUGGUAAUGUUGCAGCGGUGCCUGCCACAGGUGGCACAUCAUCGGCUUUAGGAUCAUCGACAAAUCCUACUGCGGGUGAGUCGGCUGUGAUUGGGGGUUGUGGAUCCUCCACUUCAUCAAGGAUCCGGGCGGAGCUGGUGGAUCCAGUAGUGAUGAGUUGCAACAAGAGAAAGAUGGUGACCUUCAAAAUAUUAGUUUUGGCCAUCCUGGAAUGUGCGUGCAGAGGGAUGAUUGUGAAGAAGAAGAAGAAGAAGAAGAAGAAGAAGAAGAUUAUUUGAGAGUUGCUUCUGUUAGAGGGCAGAGUGAUAUGGAUGUGUAUAUAUAUACUUUUUGAGUAUACACCCUCUAAUAGGAGAAGAAGAAGUGGAGCUAGUUGCUGUGAAUGCCUUUGAAAAAGCACAAGAGCUAGCACCAAGGUGAAUGGAGCUGAUGAAAUGGAGUAGUUAUGCAACCCAUAUUUGUUUAGUUGGAAAAAGACCUAACCCCUCGUAAAGCUUUCAAUUAAUUAUGGUUCUGUUGAGUUCUGACACAAAAUUUCUUAAAUUCCUCGGCUGUUAGCAUGAGCGAUGAUGAAUUUGUGCUUCCCUUGUUAUAUUUUGAUCCACCUAAAGAUGAAAUGAGAUUACUUUUACA